CUUCCGGUAGCUAACAGGUAAAGCGGGGUUCAGGACUAGUGAACACGUACCUGAGGUGGUCUCAUGGCGAGACUCCUUUCAAUACCUGUGUACCGUUUCAGUUUUCAGUCUUCGUCAAGGUGUGGUUCCCGAUGUUUGCCACUAUUCGGAUAUUUAUUUAAUAAAGAAUGUUUAAUUCAGGUGCAUGUGUUGGGUUUCCGCGCUUUUCCCGUCGCUAUCUCUAAAAAUCAUCAUUUUUUUUCAUUUCUUCCCGAGAGUCAUUGUGUUAUAUAUACAUUGUAUCGAACAAGAAGUUCUUACCUCAAGAAAAUUGCGUCUUAUCGGAGACUUCAACGUGGUAGCUGUUUUAUCGGCGGGUUAAAGUUAAAUAUUCAAAAUAAUUUUGAAUUUUGUUAUCAGUGAAAACAAUUAUUCUAACGAUUUUAAAAAAAAUGACGUAAGUUGAGUGCAAGUGACUAAUGAUUACCGCAGUUCACUGUCAGAACCCGAUAAGUUGAGUGACUGGCCAAAUAAAACCUCUGUUUGUUUUGUGGAUUGAAAUUUUUAAAAUAAAUUCCUUCAAGAUGAAUUCCUUGGUAUUGAAACUAAUCUUGGUGUGUAUGGCCACAAAAAUCCUCGGCUUGCCAAACGGAGCGCCGGGGAAAUCAUGCUACGACCUAGCUCCGGUCCACCCAGGAACGAAUGCCCAAGGAUCAUAUCCUCCAUACGAAAUACGAGCUGUUGCGGGCCAGGGCAGGAUACGGUUGACCCUUGGAAGUCCCCAAGGCUUAGCAUUUCAAGGAUUCAUUAUCAACGCCCGGGAUGUUGAGACCGGCGAAUUUGUCGGGGAGUUUGUUGAUUUACCCAAAGACAUUCAGGCUAUUGAAUGCACCCCCGGCAUGAAUAAUACACUUACUCACAAAAAUAAAGUAGAAAAAAGAAAUUUGGAGGUAUUUUGGACCCCACCGGAAAACUACGAAGGAACUGUAAUCUUCAAUUCAACUUUCCUCCAAGAUUACGCAACAUACUGGGUGGGAGUAGAAUCACCAGCAAUAACAGUUUUGCGCGAUUCUAUCCAAGUGAUGACAACGGCUCCUCCGCCAACAACCGAAAGAACAAGCACACCACCGUAUUAUGAGCUUGAUACCCAGCAAUCGACUGAGUCAACAAAACGACAUCCAAUAUACGAGGGAUGUGGAACAACGAAAAAUUGCUUCGGUAGUACGGACGAGUGUAUUGCUACGGGAACAUGCAAUGCCGCGGUUACUGUUGAAGUCAAAGGAGAGACAUAUUCUUUUGAAUUAUUCGGCUUGGAUUCCAAAUUUGUUGCUGUUGGUUUGUCUGAAGACAAUAAGAUGGGAGAAGACAGCGUAGUGGAAUGCGUUGAUGACAAUGGACGAGUAGAUAUCCACAUGUCAUGGAACAAAGGAAAGUCAAAUUCUCGAAUUGCGGCACUGUCAGGAUUAUCUCCUGUAAAUAGAUCAAUCGUAAAUGGGGCGCUUUACUGCAAGUUCACGAGAGAGAAAACAACUUUAGUGGAGGGACGUGAAUUUGAUUUGGUGAACGGAGCUUACUGUCUGCUCCUGGCAUCAGGAAGUCAACUUAAACUUAAUGGUGUAGGAUAUCACGAUCUCGUGUACCGCGCCUCGGACAAGCCAACAAAAUUAGCCGAUAUACGUGAAAUAGUUGCGUCCAGUGAUUUACUUAUACGCAUACACGGAGCUUUGAUGAUCGCAUCCUGGAUCGGAACCGCUUCUAUUGGGAUGCUUAUGGCCCGUUAUUACAAACAGACAUGGCUUAGGUCGCCCAUGUGUGGCAAGGAUCAAUGGUUUGUUUGGCACAGAUUCUUCAUGGUAUUAACCUGGUCAAUGACAAUAGCCGCCUGUGUAAUAAUAUUCGUGGAGCUGGGUACCUGGAGUUCCGAGACAAUCCACGCGUCUUUAGGGCUUGCUACCACGAUAUUAGCUUUCGUCCAACCAUUUAUGGCCGCUUUGAGGCCGCAUCCAGGCACACCUAGACGACCGCUUUUUAACUGGAGCCAUUGGUUUAUCGGAAAUUCCGCUCACAUUUGUGCUAUAAUUGCACUAUUUUUCGCGGUAAGAUUAAACAAAGCCAAGCUGCCAGAUUGGGUGGAUUGGAUCCUAACGGCAUACGUCGUUUUCCACGUCCUUACGCACAUAGUUCUCUCGUUUGCCGGCUGCGCCUCAGACAGACAAGAUAAUCAAAGUAUUAAUGCUUUCCCGAUGAAGGACAUGCACGUUAGAGGCUCUAUAGGUCACGCUGAUCUCAAGAGAGAUGCUCCUCUGAGUGGAUUAAGAAAAUUAGUAUUCGGUGUUUACUUUGUAAUAAUAGCAGCAUUUGCAGCAGCAUUGAUAGUAAUCACAGUAAUGGCACCGAUUGGAGAAUCAUGGGACAAAUUCGCUCGUUUAAUAUCCAACGCAUCAAGCUCCCAACCCACACAAUAAACAUUACAAGAUUUCAAACAAAAAUAAUUAUUAUAUACAAUACAAAUUUAACUAAAAUUUAUCAUAUAUUAAUUAUUACAUCAAUUAUAUAACAGAAUACAAUUAUAUAAAUUAAUACACUAAAAAAUAACUUUUGA